AUGUUCAAGGUAAGGUGUAUUGAAUCAAGAAAUCGUACGGAACAGUACAAACAAACGGAGAGUCGGUCAAGCAAAGGGAUUGCACCAAACGACAUUGUGAUCAUCUCUUUUUACAAAGAGCACAGCGACGCCUCGCGGAAUCUGCCGCACGUUCAGGAGUUGUCAACAGUGGAUGCGGUUCAAGGAUGCAAAAAGGAGGCAAUUGUGAUACUAACCACUAAGACCAACUUCGAUCCCGAGGGCGCCGAAUUCCUCGACGACAAAAAACGUAUGAACGUCGUAUUGACGCGAUGCCGUCAGGGCCAAUUUCUCCUCGGUCACUACGACUCAUUGGUGCAAUUACCCUUCUGGGGAAAGGUCCUACAGUGGUCCAACGAACACCACGCUGUUAUUCCUUCUGCCAUUUUAGGAUGGCGGUUAGGGGUCUAA